GGUAGCCUUCGGUCUGACUUCGGUCUCGCGGUAACGCUGGUAUCGGUUAGUAUACAGCUAGCUUGUUAGCUAACUCCAUCGUUUCCAGGUUUUGUGUCGACCUGAAAACACCAAACUAAGAAAGACACAGGAAGACAGUGCAGCUGAAUAUAUUUUAAAUCCAGUCUGCACAAAGAAGCGGGGCAAUGCCACACAACUUCCAGCCCGGAGACUUGGUCUUCGCCAAAAUGAAGGGAUACCCCCACUGGCCAGCUCGGAUCGAAGAUGUGGCCGAUGGAGCUGUGAAACCACCGCCAAAUAAAAUCCCAAUUUUUUUCUUUGGAACACAUGAAACAGCAUUCCUUGCACCAAAGGACCUUUUUCCUUAUGAGAAGUACAGCGAACGCUAUGGAAAGCCCAAUAAGAGGAAGGGAUUUAACGAAGGUUUAUGGGAAAUCCAAAACAAUCCGCACGCCUCCUACAGUGCCCCACCUGUACCGCCUAGCUCAUCUGACAGUGAGGGCAAUGAUGCAGGAGGAGGUAGUGACGAGGAGGAAGAAGACGACGAGGAAGCCCCGGUUCCUCGGAAAGCCGAUUCGGGUAGCGAGGAUGACUCUGAUUCUGGGAGUGAUAACAGAGGAAGGGGAGGAGGGAUGAAGCGAAAACCGCAAGCUCCCAAGCGGCCACCUCCUCCAAAAAAGGCUCGUGGCUCCUCUAGUGACCGAGAUGAGGAGGAGAGUGGAUCUCCUGAAUCAGAGGCGACACCUUCAGAGUCUGACUCUGGCAAAAAUAGUGACAAGGAUUUUACUCCAGAGAAGAAACCUGGAGGACGAGGUGGAAAAAAGGCAGCAGGCAGAGGGAAGAAGAAGGCUUCUUCUGACUCAGGAUCAGGGUCAGAUAGGAAAGUUGUAGACAGCGACUCUGAGGAUGAGAAGCCUCGACCAGCUCUGUCAGGCUCAGAAUCCCAGUCUGGCUCAAAGUCUGAGUCCGAUUCUGAUCCACCUCCCCGCAAGGGCCCGCAACCUCGCAAGAAAGAGAAACCUGCACCAAAGCCUCGUGCACGGAAGCCCAAACCUGCCCCAGCAAAACGAGCUCCGUCUUCAUCCUCCGACAGCGACAGCGACAGUGAACCCGACCGCAUCAGCGAAUGGAAGAAACGUGAUGAGGAGCGCAAGCGAGAGCUGGAAGAACGCCGAAAAAAGGAGGAGGCUGAGGAACUCCGCCGGCUACGUGAGAGAGAGAAGGAAGAGGAGGAGAAAAGGAAAAAGGACAAAGAUAAGGCUAAAAAGGGGAGCGACAACGACAGCAGCAGUAGUUCAGAUGAAGGUGUAGAUGAUCACCCACUGAAGAAGUCCAAGAAACCUCCUCCACCCCCGAUCCCCGCACCUUCAGACUCAGAUUCUCCUCCACCAGCAGAGUUGAGAAAAUCCUCCAAGAAACAAGACAAAUCAAAGGCAGCAAAACAGAAUAAAGAGAGAAAAGAAAGAAAGGAGAAAGAAGCGAAAGAGAAGAAAGCCCGACGGGCAGAGGAGAAAUCCAGAGCGAGGUCCAAGCCUGAAAAGCCCAAACGCAGACCGGAGAGGCAGCCAGAGAAGAGAGUGGAGAAGAAAAAGGAAGCAUCACCAGAGGAAAAGCUACAGAAACUCCACACAGAGAUCAAGUUUGCACUCAAAGUGGACAACCCAGACAUUGAUAAGUGUUUACAAGCCCUAGAGGAGCUUGAAGCUGUCCCUGUUACCAGCCAUAUUCUCCAGAAGAAUGCUGAAGUUAUUGCCACACUAAAGAAGAUUCGAAGAUAUAAGGCUAGCACAGCGGUCAUGGAGAAAGCCAGCGAUGUCUACAACAAGCUAAAGCUUCGCUUUGUAGGCAAAACCGAGCUGGCAGUAAAACCUAAACCUGAAAACAAGGAAGCAGAAGACGAUGACAAGGAGUCACGAAACACCGAAGCCACUCCAGUCAACGGGGAGUCAGCGGAGAAGAAAAAUGAGACGGAGAUGGAGGAAAAUCCCAAAACACCAGAGGAGAACAACGACGACGAAGCCGGUUCGAGUCCAGUCAGGCAAGAAUCACACAAACGCAGCGCAGAUAGCCCAGCCGAACAGCCGACACACACAUACGAGGAAGCAGAUGGCUCCGUCUCAGCAGAAACAGAAGCGCCAGCUAUAGAGAGCUGAAAGACUCUUCACAACUCUCAGCAAUGGACCAAGCUCUAAAAGAUGGCGGCCCAUGUUUGCUGCGCUCGUGCCCCCAACCACAUCCCAGCUCACACUCGUCGUUUCCUGCAGCAUCUGUUACAUCAACGUUGAUACAUUUUGUGAUCUGCUGAUAUCAAACCUGAAAGCCAUCCCCCCUCCAAACACUCUGGUCCGUUGCCUCUCACGGCAAAAUGAAAUGCUUUUUAGCGUGAUCACUUGUAGCGCUUCACGGACGUUUUAUUUUUGUUGUUUGUUUCUGAAAUUGACCUCUCCUUUUGUGUGUGACACUCACUUUGUUCUGGAUGUUCAACUCAUGUUUUUCUGUUGUCAUCCUCUGCAUAAACUGAAUGAUUACAUUUUUAACUAUAAAUAGACUUUAACUUGGGUAUCACAAAAUGAGUUCUUACUAAUUUUUACAAAGAGAAGCGAAGGAGGUGUUAAUCUGUUGUUUUGAGGGUUUUGUGCAGCUGCCACCUGUUUGCUUCAUUUUAUAAAGCCUGCCAAACAUCACGAAGGCCUCUUGUCUGUGUGUGUAUAGCUUUGUGAGAGUAAUGAAGUGCUAUUUGUGUCUUUUAUGUUGAAUAUUUUUUUAAUUAUGUGGUCUAGUUCAGUUAAUUCAGUCUGACAUGUAAAAAAGGUCACUUGAAGAUACCCACCUACUUUUUAUUGCUUCUUUUCAAAUGAUUACACUUUUGUCUAAAAUAAUAUCUACAGUGCAGUUUAAAAAAACUUGCACACACAUGUGUAGUGUUUGCUUUUAGUAAAUUGCAUAAUAAAUAACAGUAUAGACCAUAAACUGGCCAAAAAAGGGUAGAAAUCAUGUAGAAGCAAUCUAUUUUGGCAUUUUUCCGUUACAUGCCUACAACGUGUUUUUAAUGCUCUGUAAAUUGGUAAAGCAUUUCUAUUACGUAGUUGAGACUUGAAUAAAAAUCUCAGCAUGG